GUGUUGCCUGUGUGGGGCCUCACACUCCCUCUUCCCGCUGUACUGAUGAUUGUUGUUGGUCUUUACAUUAUUUUCCUUGCAAUGGCGUUAUGGUUCCGCCAAUGCCUCAAGGUACAGCAUUUACUUCCCUAUCCCUAUAUGCUGUUGUCUAGUUGAGAGACAGUAUGCUGUUGUGCACAGAUACCUUGCAAAUGUUGCUAAAAAAAAGAGUGCAGUUCAACAAAGCCAGGAAGAUGAACCUUGCUGAAUCAAAUAUAUUUUUUAAAUACUUAAAGUGAGAGGCACUGAUGCUGCAGAUAGGUUUGGCUGACGUUGCCUUUUUUAAUGUUGGCCCCAAAAUGUAUUGACCUAGCAAACUGUCUCCACCAUAAGCUCCAGCAGCAAAUGGAGAUAUGGUUUGACUGGUGUGAGUGAUGUUAAUUCAUUCAUGGCCUCUUGCCCUACAGGAGCAGUGUUGUCCUGAGUGUGGUGACUGCUGUCCAAAUAUCGCCCCAUUCGAUUACUGUUUAGCAUGUGCAGAGUCGUGCAACUGUCGCAUGCCAUCACUGCGCUCGUGCCUUGACCAGACCUGCCCCUCAACCUGCCACGCUCUUCCUAAUGUGAGUAAAACCCCUGAGUGUGUGACUGAUCAGGGUUUGAAUCACUUGUUCUUACCCUCUGCUUUGUUUCCCCAAAGUGUAACAUGUGGGACUGUGCUUGCACCUGCCAACCCCCAGAAUGUGAGUCCUUCAACUGCCUCUGCUUCGAGAUCAAAUUUAGAUAG